AAAGAAGGAGCAGGGAGUCGGAGUGGGCCAGCGGAGGCAGCACACAGGGGGGUCAGAGCAGCCCAGAGAGCCGGCGGUCUGCAGAGAGAGGACCAACAAGAACGACGCACGAUUUGGCGAAUCAUAAAACCUCCCGGGUGUCGAGCUGAGGACGGCACGAGUGGUGACCCCCCCGGCGGAGAAGAAAAGACGAGCUGAGAGGAUAAAAAAAGAAGAAUAAGAAGUAGAAGAAGUAAGCAGGGUGGGACGUUAUAAUCCAGGAAGUGUGGAGGCCGGUCAGGUGGGAGGCGACGAGUCUAAACAGGUGACACUCUGGCUCUCACAACUCAGGUGCAUGACCUUUGCUGACCUCUGAGCAACCAUUCAAAAGCGGAGGGGGACGGGCGAGAGGCAAGAAGGAAGCAGGCACCCAUCUUCUCCUGGGUUUAUGGACUGGAGGUGGCAAUGUCUCCAGGAGAGGACGGUCUGAUUGGGAUCCCCUUCCCGGAGCACAGUAACGAGCUCUUGUCCCACCUGAAUGACCAAAGGAGGGCAGGGCUCCUGUGUGACCUCACUCUUACGUCCCGUGGGACACGCUACCCGACCCACCGCUCUGUCAUGGCCGCCGUCAGUCUCUACUUCCGCCGGUUGUUUGGGACAGAGGAAGGGGGCGGCGAGGGCGGAGGAGGUUUCAGCGUGUGCCAGCUUGACUGCGUGGCACCCGACGCCCUGGAUGCCCUGCUAGAGUUUGCCUACACUGCCACCCUGACCAUCCCCAGUUCUGGGAUGAGAGAUGUGCUGCGAGGGGCUCAGCUUCUGGGCAUCAAAUGUGUGGCGGACGCAUGCAGAGACAUCCUGGGGGAGACGGCGGAGGCAGAGGGGGAGACGGCAGAGGAGCAGAGAGCCCAACACACAGCUCCUGAGAGGAUUGCACAGGGAGAGAGCAUUGUACAGAAAGGGUCCCGAAGAAAAACAGACAAAAAGAAGGUAAAAAAAGUUGGGUCACAUUACAUUAACUCCGCAGUUUUGAACCCACCACCUGCUUCUCCCGUCUCGCACCCUUCCCCUGCAUCUGACAGCUUCCGCUCCCUGCCGUCUACCCAGCCUCCCAGCCCUGAACAAGAGGAGCUUCGCCUCAAAUCUGGGCAGAAUGGAGAUCCCAGGGCGUUCAGAGAGCCAGGGAGAGGGGCCACACCAAAUGGAGGGAUCCUUCACUGGCUGCAUGAGCGCCCCCGUAUAGCCCACCCACCUCCUGUCCCGCCCUUGAAUGAUAAGCUGUCAGAAGAUGACGACGUGGAGAGUUUUGGCGACGAUGGUAUGCUGAUUGGAAGCACCUCUAUACCUUCCUCUGUAGCUGAUCAAGGAGCAGCGGCAUCAGCAGCGGGAGGUGGGAGGAAGCGGAAGUCUCAGACUCCACAGCAGUGCCCUGUUUGUCAGAAAAUCAUCCAUGGAGCGGGAAAACUGCCCCGACACAUGAGGACACACACUGGAGAGAAGCCCUUCCAGUGCUCUGCCUGCGGAGUCCGUUUCACCAGGAAUGAUAAGUUGAAGAUCCACAUGAGGAAACACACAGGCGAGCGCCCCUACCCCUGCCCACACUGCCCUGCCCGGUUUCUCCACUCAUACGACCUCAAAAACCACCUGUCCCUCCACAGUGGGGCGAGGCCUUUCGAGUGCCCGCUCUGCCACAAGGCCUUCGCCCGAGAGGACCACCUCCAGCGUCACCGCAAGGGACACAGCUGCCUGGAGUUGCGCACACGCCGGCCCAGACGUGGGCCUGAGCAUGGGGAGGAUGGGAGAGGGGAUGGAGGUGGGAGGGAGCAGUCCAACUCUCUGGAGGCUCUGUCUUUACAGGCUCACUCCUCAGCGUUCCUCCCUCACACGGUGCUGGAUGGUGGCAGUGGGUCUGGCGCCGGCCCUCCGCUGAUCUUUCCAGGUGACCUCGAGAGUGGGCGGUCUCUUGCCCUUCAGGCUUUGGCUCAACUUGGACCUCGCGGACUGGCCGGCUACCCUGAGCUCUUCCUGCGAAGUCUGGAGCUGCGAGGGGGCAGGGAGGCGGAGGGAGAAGAUCCAGGAGGAACCCACUCGCCGGCUGCGCAGCGUGACCAAUGGGCAGACGAAGUGGAAGAGGAAAUUGGAGAAGAGGAAGUGGAGGAGGAAGAAUAGUGAAAAGAGCGUGUGUGUGUGUGUGUCUGUGUGGUAAAGCAUCCACAGUAAAAAAAUAAAAAUAUAAAAAAUAAUCUCCCUCACCUAAAACAAAAAAUGGAAAACGGGUUUUCUGAGAUAUUUUAAAUGUUUUUCUUCUGGCACUAGAAAUUUCAUUUCAUUUGUUAAAUUUUAUUUCUCGUUUGCUGUUUAUUUUUUUAUGUAUUUCAGGUUUGAGCUGUUUGAUUAGAUUUUUCUAGCUGGACAUGUGUGUGCUUGAGUUUGUGGUUACUGGGAUGCUUUUCACUAUGCAAACUAAAAUCCAGAGCUGCGACAUAUAGGGAUAUUUGAAGAUGUAUAUUUUACUUACAACAUAGAUGUACUGAUUCAGGUGUAAUUCAGAAGUCAUACCACCUAGAUCACAAGAAUGAGUUUGUGCGCCCACUGUCCUCUGGAUGUUAUCAGUGGAAAAUGCAGUCCAAUGAAUCAAACUUGUUCUGUACAUUGUAAGCAAUAAUGCUCUUUGUGUCUUUCUCAUUAAUGGUAGGAUCUUUGCUUUAAUUUGGUGUGUAAACCAAAGAUUUUAGUUGAACUGUUUCCUUAACGUUAACAGGAGAGGAGAGAGGUGAAUUGUAGCCAAUGUUGGGUUUGAAAAGAAGAUUCUUCCCAACUGUUUUGAUAGCCAUGAGAAAGAAUCUGCUUCCAUGUUUGAGUGUUUCAGAGCCGUUGAGCUCUGUGUUAAAUGCCUGACCAAAAGAGACAAAGUCUGGGUCAAUGAGUUGAUGUUGAUUAUGUUGAAGACAGUUCUUCUUUUUCCAAAGGCUGUGGAUUUCAGUCUUCCAAUGCACUCGUUUGGGUUCCUCAAUAAAAAAAAGGGGGGGGGGGCAUGGGGGCAUGGUGAGGCGACAAAUGAGGUGUUGUGCCCCUUUUUUCUGUACUUAUUUAUUUAUUGUUAUUUAUUAUGACUCUUCUGCUGAAACUCUUUUGUGAGACCAAAUCCAGGGUGGGACACUUCUCAUCCAAGUCUUACAAGAAGCUGCAUUGCGCAAAAGAUUCUGGCUCAACAUCUCCAUAUACCUAAACGCCUUUCUAUGGGCUGUGUGUCUUCUUUUGGCGAUUCUUCCUCGAAUGCAUUCUUUGCACAUGUAACCCCGUCAGGUACUGCAAUAAUUCAGGCACAUUCCAUCCUCCGGGGAAGAGAGAAGGGAACCAAGCAAAGAAGAAGUCAGGGGGUUUAAAACUUUGAUAUAACUGGAACACAAAACUUUGCUGUUUACCAUUUGCAGCAUGCUUUUCUGUUGUUAAUUCAACAUGUAUAGUACUGUAUCACAUGUUAUUGCACGGCAGUUCUUAUAGAUCGCUCACGCUGUGUCUAAAGGGGCCAUUAUCUUUUGAGUUAAUCUAUCUUCGACCAAAAACCUUUUUAGUUCAACAUGCUUUCCCCCAGACCAGUACAUUAAGGCCUUUUGCAGGAUGUAAUGCAAUCGUUAAUGGCUUUAAGUGACAGCAGUUGUCUUUUUAUUUUCAAUCCUCUUGCAACCUAUGUAGUCAGAACCUGGUGUAGCAGUCGCACUGGUCUGGCCCUGUGUGCACUAUCCACUCCUUGUUGUAAAUCAUUUUUUAUUCCCAGUUUAUUUGCACUAUGAGAUUUGAGAGCUUCAAGCCUUUUUGUCUGACCUUCAAUAUCUAAUCCAUUAACUCACGUGGUACGAUUCAAGAUUGUGAUUGACAGUACGUCUUUAAAACCUGCAUAUGUUGAAUACCCUUCCUCCUGCAUAAUAGUACAGAGUUAUAGUCAAAAUAAUGUAAUAUAUUGGGAUGAAGUUGCCUUAGAUUUUUUUUUGUGCUGCAACUAUUCUCAGGAAACCUUGAGCAAUGCACUAAGUGAUCAUACAAAAUAUUAAAAUGGGAAGAAAUCGUUUGGUGCUGUUUUGGGGCGAUUGACACUCUUCAUUUAAGUGUAAGACCAGUAGUUUCAAAAUAAGAGAUUUUGUAUUGUGUCAUUUGAUGUUUGAAAACCACAUCAAUGAAACCUGUUGUGAGAUAAAAAUAUCAUAAUGAAAGUAAACUACUGGCCUUACUGGAACCAGUCCUACUGGAAUGGCAGUAUGACAGUUGGUCCUGUUCAUGAAGGGUGUUGGUGCUCCCAGUCAGAGCUUUGUGAAUGAAUGAGGGUUAACUGAUGCCAGCUGUGAAAUGUGUGUCUAUGUAAGCUGUUUGUUUUCUUGGCUUCGGUGAAGGUACAUGGGGUCCGCUUUGAGCAGAGACCCCGCUAUCAGGGAUACAUUUUUGUCUUUUAGUUUAUAGUGGAAUCUUCUUGGAGAUAUGAAUUCAUUUUCCUAUCAUUUAUUUCAGUAAAUGUAAAGAAAAUAAAUAAAGAUCUAUGAGCUUGC